AUAUUUCCAUAUAAGGAGAAUAAGAGUUAGGUGGAAUUAGUCACUAGAAAUUCAAAUUUUAUCUCAAAAAUCAAAGACUUAAAUACCUCUAAACAUCAAGACUUUAUUGUAACAUUUUUAAGAAGCCAUAAGUGAUUACAUUGUGCUUGAAUAAUGAGUUAUUCGAAUAAAUUUAUCUAUGCGAGUUUGCCGAGAACAAGUCGUGGCCAGCCAAUUGUUCUUGGUGGCGAUCCCAAAGGUAAAAAUUUUCUUUACACCAACGGAAACUCUGUGAUCAUCAGAAAUAUUGAUAAUCCAGCAAUUGCAGAUGUAUACACCGAGCAUUCCUGUGCCGUUAAUGUUGCCAAAUAUUCACCAUCGGGAUUUUACAUUGCAUCGGGUGAUGUUUCGGGAAAAAUUCGUAUCUGGGACACUGUGAACAAGGAGCAUUUAUUGAAGAACGAGUUCCAACCGAUAGGAGGGCCAAUCAAAGAUAUCUCUUGGUCCGCUGACAGUCAACGAAUUGUUGUUGUUGGUGAAGGUCGCGAGAGAUUUGGUCAUGUUUUCAUGGCUGAAACUGGAACAUCUGUUGGAGAAAUCAGUGGACAAUCAAAGCCAAUAAAUAGUUGCGAUUUUCGACCGGCCCGUCCUUUCCGUAUCAUCACAGGAAGUGAAGAUAAUACUAUUGGAAUAUUCGAGGGGCCUCCAUUUAAAUUCAAGAAAACAAAGCAAGAACAUUCAAGAUUCGUUCAGGCUGUUCGUUAUUCACCUGAUGGGAAAUAUUUUGCAUCUGCCGGUUUCGAUGGUAAAGUCUUUCUCUAUGAUGGAACGACUUCUGAUUUGAUAAGUGAAAUCGGGUCACCAGCACAUAAAGGUGGAGUCUAUGGAGUAGCAUGGAAACCCGAUGGAACUCAACUUUUGACUGCAUCAGGUGAUAAAACUUGCCGAUUAUGGAACGUGGAAACAAAAGAAUUGAUAGCAGAAUUCCCAAUGGGUACAACUGUCGAUGAUCAGCAAGUGUCGUGUUUGUGGCAAGGGGAACAUUUGCUCACUGUAUCUCUCUCAGGUUUCAUUACUUAUCUCGAUCCUGCAAAUCCAACUCAGCCAUUACGUGUCAUCAAAGGACAUAAUAAACCAAUAACAGCCAUUUCAUUGAGCGAAGAUCGUAGCAUUAUUUACACUGCGUCACAUGAUGGUGCUGUCACUAAUUGGAAUUCUGGAAAUGGUAACAACAAUCGAGUUGAUGGAAAUGGUCAUGGAAAUCAAGUUAAUGACAUUAAAUCGCAUGGUGGUGAUUUCACUUACACAUGUGGUAUUGAUGACUCACUUAAACAGAUUAACGUUGAAGGGAACGUUUACACUGGAAUCGAUUUAAAGUUGCCAUGUCAACCACGUGGCAUGGAUAUUCUCAAGGAAAAGAAUAUCAUCAUCAUUGGAUGUGUAAAUGAAAUUGUUGUUGUACAAGACAACCGUAAAGCGAUGUCAUUGAAAAUAAAUUAUGAAGCAAGCUCAGUGACAAUAAAUUCUGAGACGCAAGAAGUCGCCAUUGGUGGUGAUGACAACAAAAUUCAUAUUUAUUCUUUAAAUGGAGUUCAAUUGGAAUUGAAAAGCGAGUUGGAGCAUCUUGGGGCGAUAACUGAUUGUGCUUAUUCGCCUGAUAAUAAAUAUUUGGUUGCAUGUGACAGCAAUAGAAAAGUUAUUUUGUACGCCGUUCCUGAAUACAAGCCGGCACAUAAUAAAGAAUGGGGCUUCCAUAAUGCUCGUGUUAACAAAGUUUCAUGGUCUCCAAACUCUUCACUUGUUGCGAGUGGUUCUUUAGAUACGACAAUUAUCAUUUGGUCACUGGCCAGUCCAGCUAAACACACCAUAAUUAAAAAUGCUCAUCCCCAAUCACAAAUUACUGGACUUGUGUGGUUAGAUCAUGAAACUCUUAUCUCAACUGGACAAGAUUGCAACACGAAAGUUUGGUUAAUCGAAAGCUUUUAAACACUUUCAAUUCAUCUCUCAUCUUCUAUGAAAAUAAUAUUCUUUUCAUAGUAUAUUUUACCUUUAUUCACAUAAGUUCUUAAAAGGUUUAUUAAAUAUAAAUAUCCCGCCAAUUUUUGUUUCCAAUAAGUAUUUCACGAGGCCAAAGUUGAGUAUUAAUCGCUCCACGUCACAAUUCGCGGGCUCUCCCCAGUCUUUAAAUUUAUUAACUAAUUUGUUUGAUGCAUUUUUUUUUUCCUACUAAUUGUCGAAAUAUUUUUAUUUCCCUUUUUCUUCAAAUAUUUCCUUUAAGUUUGACAGUGCAAAAAACGCCAACUUACGUAACAAAAUAAUAAUAUUGAUAUGAAAGUCAACGUGGAUUCAAUUUUUUUACUUGAAAUUAUACAAAAAAAUAGCAGUCGAAGAAUACAAAUUUCUAAGAGUUGUGAAAACUUUUACUAAAACGAAAUGCAUAAUAAAGAAUAAUGAAGCAUAGUAAAAA